UAUUUUUGUGUGACUCUCGUCUUGUGACGUCGGCGUGAGUUCGGGCGGAUAGAAUAAUAAUUCCGCGCUCGUCUACAAAAUGUAAAUCAGUGAAGGUCACGGAGCCCGUUGCCAAUUACUUCGCUAGCUGCGUGCCACAUAUUGUUUACGGGUGUGCGCUCGGCCGCAUUUACGUAACCUAUCGAUCCGAGGGGGUUCGCCUCUCAGCUGUUAGCGAUGUUGAAUUUGUGUUGGAAGGUGAAGAGCGCGAGGCCGCUGGAGCGAUGCUUUGCGAGCGUCGUGGAGCUGCCGAAGCUGCCGGAAUUCGGCGUGAAGAACGAGCCCGUGUUGGAGUACCGGGCCGGGAGCAAGGAGCGCGCGGCGCUCCAGGAGGAACUCAAGAGGACGUCGGCCGUCACGGAGGAAAUCCCCAUCGUAAUCGGCGAUGAACACAUCAAGGAUGGCGAGCCGCGCUACCAGGUGAUGCCGCACGACCACGGUAAAAAGCUCGCUAAGUUUUACUACGCUUCCGAGAAGACGAUCCAAAAAGCUAUCGAUGUGAGCGUGAAGGCGCAGGCGCGCUGGGACCGCACGCCGUACGAGGAGCGCGUGCGGAUGUGGCAGUGCGCGGCGGAGAUGAUGGCGGGCGAGCACCGGCAGCGCCUCAACGCCGCCACCAUGCUGGGCCAGUCCAAGUCCGUGGUGCAGGCCGAGAUCGACUCCGCCGCCGAGCUCAUCGACUUCUUCCGCUUCAACGUUUUCUUCCUCAAGGAAAACGCCAAAUAUCAACCCAUAUCUGAAAAUCCCAAAGUCACCAGGAACUCCAUAAGGUUCCGUGGCAUUGAUGGAUUCAUUGCUGCCAUUAGUCCAUUCAACUUCACGGCUAUUGGUGGCAAUCUCGCUUAUACUCCGGCUCUGAUGGGCAAUAGUGUUCUCUGGAAGCCUUCUGACACUGCACUCCUUUCUAAUUGGAGAAUUUUCAACAUUAUGCGUGAAGCGGGUUUGCCUCCAGGUGUGGUUAAUCUUGUACCGGCUGAUGGACCUGUCUUUGGCAAAACAAUCACUUCGUCUCCACAUCUUGCCGGUGUCAACUUCACAGGGUCUGUGCCCACCUUCAACUGGAUUUGGGGAGCAGUAGCUAAGAACUUGGACCGCUACGUCAACUAUCCCAGGCUUAUUGGUGAAUGUGGUGGCAAGAACUAUCACUUUGUACACCCAACUGCUUGUGUCAAAUCUGUAGUAACAUCUACAAUCCGCUCGGCCUUUGAAUAUUGUGGCCAGAAGUGCUCUGCUUGUUCCCGAAUGUAUGUCCCCAGAUCUCUGUAUGAGCAGAUCAAGGCAGGUUUGCUGGAGGAGCGUGCCAAACUCAAAGUUGGAGAUGUGAAUGACUUCAGUGUAUUCAUGGGGGCAGUGAUUGAUGACAAGGCAUUUGCCAGAAUUACAGGUUACAUCAAGGAUGCCAAGAAGAACCCAAAGAACAAGAUUCUGGGUGGUGGAGAGUUCGACUGCAGCAAAGGCUACUUCGUGCAGCCAACAAUCAUCGAGACGACCGACCCACAUGACAAGCUCAUGGUGGAAGAGAUAUUUGGCCCUGUCCUCUCCAUGUACGUUUACGAGGACAAGGACCUCAUGCAGGCGCUGUCCCUUGUAGGAUCCUCAACUAAGUUUGCUCUGACCGGGGCUGUCUUUGCAGCAGACCAGGCCUUCCAACGUCUAGCACUGGAAGAGCUGAAGCCGACCGCCGGUAACUUCUACAUAAAUGACAAGUCUACGGGGUCGGUGGUGGGCCAACAGCCGUUCGGCGGCGGCCGCAUGUCGGGCACGAACGACAAGGCGGGCGGCCCCAUCUACGUGAUGCGCUGGACGACGCCGCAGUCCAUCAAGGAGACCUUCGUGCCACUGAGCGACGUUGACUACCCAUACAUGCGGGAGUAAGCAAGAAAGCGGGUCCACAACACGCUACUUGAACAAUAAUUAGGAUAAAGCUGUGUAGCCAUGUUCGGAGAUGUUGUUUCAUGCCAGUGGCGGGUACAGUACUGGCCAAUCAUAUAGGAGGACACAUAGGAAAUCCUAUAUGUGUAUUAAACCUCAUAUACUGUCCUCUCAUAUCUUCCCUGAUGUUAUAGAAAGCUACAUGGUUCCUGUUAUUGUAAUAUGAAAAAUAUAUCAUUAUAGAAUAUUUUGGCCAGUACUGUAUCUUAGGUAAUAUAUGUAGACUUCUAAAUUAACAGUAUGUAUAGAGACGCAACUAAAAAGAUAGAUUUUAUUAAGGGGCCUGCUUGAACAUUUACAAGUUAUCCAGACUUGUCCCAAAAAGGCCUAGUUGCCCCUCUGAGAAAGGUCAGAUGGAACUGUGGAAUAACUAGUGCCUAUGCAAAAUAUUAUACAAAAUAUUUUAGCCAAGCAGACCUCAGGUUCACUACAAAAACUUUAAAAAAAAUACGACUCUCUAAUAUUUAAAUUAUGCUAUACAUGCACUUCUCACUUUGCUAGUAUUUUCUCCCGAAAGAACUAUAGUAGGUAUAUGAUCUGCUAUGACACAUGUGGCCAGACUAUUUGCUGUGGUUGCGUCCCUGUAACAGAGAUAACAAGUCCGCCACUGUUCUAUAUCAUUUAAGUCAAAAUUACUAGCAGUAGCUAAAAGUAAUUGAAAUUAAAUAGAUGUUAAUAUUUACCUAUUAGGUAUUGCACAUAAAGUAUUGGAAAAUUGCUGUGAUCUAUUUAUUUAUUUACGUAUUUAUGCGGUGCGCUCCACAGUCGGAGUUGGACUGCGGGUCUUAUCAGUUGCUAUCAGGAAUAACUGUCUGCAUUUAUGCUUGAUAAUGAUAACCUACAUUUGUAGAGAGUCACUAUUGUUAUUACCUUUGUAAGUUUUUAUCUCGAAGCUUACGUUCCUGUUUUAUUUUAUAAUUAUUAUACUCAUUGAUAUUCCAAUAAAUUGUGGAAGUUGAA